CCUAGCUGGGGUGGUGGGCGGGGCUUGGCGGGGCGGGGUCGAGUUGGCUCCACCCCGGAGGAGUCGCCCCGCCGCGGUCAGAGGAGUUAGGGCCGGAAGUACUGUGGAAAUUGUUUUUCUCUCUCAAAAGUCUCUUCUCACCCCAGCCCUGUGUGAGAUUGUGGUGUGAGCACGUUAAUCGCCGACUUCUCAAACUAAGGCUUUAUGAUAUUGAGAGUGGGCUCCAGACCAGGCCGCACAUUCACCUCCGUCUUUGUGGCCAAACCCAUGGACACCUGCUACUGAACUCUGAGCAUAUUUUGGUCCAGGUUGCCUUGGUGCCUGCCACGUCAUUUUUUUUUUUCUUCUGUGAGUGAUGUAAUAGUAUUGCACCGCGUUCAUGUUGUAAGUACUUUGUGGAGUAUUCGGACUUGCCUAGCAUGUGCAAGGCCUUAGGUUCCAACUCCGGUUCUGGAAGCAAAAAAAAAAAAAAGAAGAAGAAGAAGAAAAGAAAAAAAAAAAGGUAUUGUUUUAAAUAGUAAAGCAUUAAGGUAGGCAUGGUGUCAUAAACCUGCAGUUCCGGUGUCUGAAAUCCCAGCACUUCUGAUGAGGAUCAGAAGUUCAAGGUCAUGCUCAAGUAUAUAGAGUUCAUCUCCUGCCUGGGCUACAUGAGACCCUUGUUCCCAGACAGUACCCCUUCACUCCCCAAAAAGAAAGAUGCAGGGGUGCAAGACAGUAAAGCAUAAUUUUUACUGGAACCUUAAAUUGGGUUUCACAUGCUAGUGACCUCAAAAGUGAUGGUGGCCCGUUAUCUUCAUCUCUGGCAAGCCAAGGAACUCAUCACACCAGCAUCCUGUGGAUGGGAGGAGAUCAUGGCCCGGGCACUAGGGCAAGCAGGAAGAGCCUCAUAGAGGAAGGGGGGAGUCCCCCCCCACCUGGGAGGGGCCCCCGACAGGCUGCUGAAGCUGAGACUGAGGAGGAAGUGAGAGGAGGAGCCUGUGACACUGGGGGCCAGGGCACAAUGGCCCAGGCCCUGGGGGAAGAGCUGGCACUGCCGUCAGAACUACAGGAUGAUUCUAGCUCGCUAGGGUCUGACUCAGAGCUGAGUGGGCCUAGUCCGUAUCGCCAGGCUGACCGUUAUGGCUUCAUUGGGGGCAACUCAGCAGAACCGGGGCCUGGUCACCCCCCUGCAGACCUCAUCCGCCAGCGGGAGAUGAAGUGGGUGGAGAUGACCUCACACUGGGAGAAGACCAUGUCUCGACAAUACAAGAAGGUCAAGAUACAGUGCCGCAAGGGCAUCCCCUCAGCCCUGCGGGCCCGGUGUUGGCCCCUGCUGUGUGGGGCCCGGCUGUGCCAGAAGAACAACCCUGGCACCUAUCAGGAGUUGGCAGGGGCCCCUGGAGACCCGCAGUGGAUGGAGACCAUUGGCAGGGACCUGCACCGCCAGUUCCCUCUGCACGAGAUGUUUGUGUCACCCCAGGGACACGGGCAGCAGGGGCUGCUGCAGGUUCUCAAGGCCUACACCCUGUACCGGCCGGAACAGGGCUAUUGCCAGGCUCAGGGGCCUGUAGCUGCCGUACUGCUUAUGCAUCUGCCCCCAGAGGAAGCCUUCUGGUGCUUGGUGCAGAUCUGCGAGGUCUACCUCCCGGGCUACUAUGGGCCCCACAUGGAGGCAGUGCAGCUGGACGCUGAGGUGUUCAUGGCCCUUCUGCGGCGGCUGCUUCCCCGUGUGCACAAGCACCUGCUGCAGGCAGGCGUUGGGCCCCUGCUCUACCUGCCGGAGUGGUUCCUGUGCCUCUUCACCCGCUCGCUGCCCUUCCCCACGGUGCUGCGCAUCUGGGAUGCCUUCCUCAGUGAGGGUGCCAAGGUCCUCUUCCGCGUGGGGCUGACAUUGAUGCGGCUGGCACUGGGCACUGUGGAGCAGCGCACGGCAUGCCCAGGGCUCUUGGAGACACUGGGGGCCCUUCGAGCCAUCCCCACCACCCAGCUGCAGGAAGAGGCCUUCAUGUCCCAGGUACACAGUGUAGCCCUGUCUGAGCGAGAUCUGCAACGGGAAAUCAGGAUCCAGCUGGCCCAGCUGCCCAAGUCAUCGCCUGGGCCAGCACCUCUGCCACAGGCCCGCCUUCCUGGGGCCCAGGCCAUCUUUGAGUCCCAGCAGCUGGCAGGGGUUCGAGGAAGCACCAAACCUGAGAUACCCCGAAUAGUGGUGCAGCCCCCAGAGGAGCCCAGGCCACCACGGCGCAAGCCACAGACCCGUGGCAAGACUUUCCAUGGGCUCCUGACAAGGGCCCGGGGACCCCCUAUUGAGGGUCCCUCCAGAUCCCACCGAGGCUCCGCCUCUUUCCUGGACACCCGCUUCUGAGUGUACAGUGCACUUCGUGCCACCAUAUCUCAAUCGUCUGAGCAGCCAUGCCAGCCCCAGAAAUGUGCAUUGCACUUCACUUCUGAGCUGUGUGGCUCGCUGAUCCCAGCAAGGGCCACCUGGAGGAGGGGAGUAUCUCCCCACUUUGAGGACUGUGUCAGGCACAAAGAUAAAGGAAGGCCACUGAGUGGAGCUUGGGGGCAGCUAUCUGGUGCCUGCCAUUUCCAGCCUCAAAGCCAGCACUGAAGGAGUGUGGGGGUGAAGUGUCUGGCUGGGAUACAGUACCCCCAUGGGCUUCUUGUUGGGGAUCCUGAAAUAAAGCCUGACUGAGAAGAUACUUGGAUAGAGCUGGAUCAAAUAUUCCUCUUCACUCU